CACACUGUCCAGAAAAUACUGCAUCUAUCGCCUGCAAAAUUUCAAAAUCUCAGUGGUAUCGAUCGUCGGAGGAAUGAAUUAAGGAAUGGGUAUAGAGAAGGGGUUACACUUGUCAGACAUUGAGGACGAGGACGAGCUCGAUGAAGAACCAGGGGAGGUGAUCGAAUCGGCUCCCCCUCUUAAGGUAGGCGAAGAAAGGGAGCUCAAUAACUCUGGUUUCAAAAAGAAGCUCCUCAAGCGCGGCCUAGGCUGGGAAACCCCUGAGUUCAAUGACGAAGUUACAGUUCACUAUGGGGGUACUUUGCUUGAUGGGACCAAGUUCGAUUCUACGCGCGAUAGAGAUGAACCUGUGACUCUUAGACUUGGUCAAGGUCAAGUGGUAGCAGGGUUGGAUCAUGGGAUAAUUACCAUGAAAAAGGGGGAAUGUGCAUUGUUCACAGUGCCCCCUGAAUUGGCCUAUGGAUUCGUGGGCCGUGAAGGUGUGCCUGCAAAUACUGUCGUUCUGUUUGAGGUUGAACUCAUUUCUUGGAUCACAGUGGUGAAUGUGAGCAAAGACCGUGGAAUUAUCAAGAAAAUUAUUGAGAGGGGGGAGAAGAUUGAGCGUCCCAGUGACUUAGAUGAAGUCCUUGUGAAGUAUGAAGUGGCACUUGCCAAUGGUACUGUUGUUGCAAAAACACCUGAAGAAGGAUUCGAAUUUCAUGUAAAAGAUGGUCAUCUAUGUCCUGCAUUGCCAAAAGCGAUCAUAACCAUGAAAAGAGGAGAGAAGGUUAAACUAAUUGUCCAACCACAAUAUGCAUUUGGAGAGGAGGGAAAGGAAGCUAGUGAUGGUAUCCAUCCAGUCCCACCAAAUUCAGUGCUGAACAUAGAUCUGGAGUUGGUGUCCUUCAAGCCUGUUGUUGAUGUUACUGGGGAUUCCAAGGUCUUCAAGAAGAUCUUGAAAGAAGGGGAGGGCACUCUUGUUGCAAAUGAAGGUGCCACUGUAACUAUUAGCUACACAGCCAGUUUACAAGAUGGAACUGUAUUUGAAAAGAAAGGGCUUGAUGGGGAGCAGCCUCUGCAAUUUAUUACAGAUGAAGAACAAGUGAUUGCUGGUUUAGAUAGUGCAGCAGCAACAAUGAAGAUUGGGGAGAGGGCAAUAUUGACCAUAAAUCCAGAAUAUGGUUUUGGAAACUUCGAAGUAAAGAAAGAUCUUGCUACUAUACCUCCUUCUUCAGUGUUACUCUAUGAAGUUGAAAUGUUAGAUUUUAUAAAGGAAAGACCACCAUGGGAGAUGAACAAUCAGGUGAAAAUUGAAACUGCUUGUAGAAAGAAAGAAGAAGGCAAUAUACUAUUUAAAAGUGGGAAGUAUCAAAGAGCGGCAAAGAAGUAUGAUAAAGCUGCAGACUAUGUUGUUGAAGAGGGAUCCUUUGGAGAUGAUGAGCAAAAGCUAGUUAAAUCAUUAAGGGCGUCUUGCUGGUUGAAUGGAGCGGCAUGUGGCCUCAAACUUGAUGAUUUCCAGGGAGCAAUUAGUUUAUGUUCAAAGGUACUGGAUAUUGAGUUCAACAAUGUAAAAGCUUUGUAUAGGCGAGCACAAGCAUAUAUGCAAACUGCAGAUUUGGUCUCAGCUGAGCUAGACAUUAAGAAGGCACUUGAAGUUGAUCCUCAGAACAGGGAGGUGAAAUCACUUCAAACAGCACUUAAACAACUUCAAGCUGAAAGCAACAAGAGAGAUGCAAAACUCUACUCAAACAUGUUUGCACGAAUGACAAAGCAGACAUCUGUGGGGAUUAAGAAAUUGAAGGUUGAGAAAUCAGAGGAUGAGAAGAAAGAUGAAGAUUAUGUGGCCAUGGAAAUGGAAAAAGUUGCUGAUAGCUUUUGCUGAUAUUAGAAUGGUUGAUCCCUGUUGAAAUACAUGUGAUGAAAUAUGUAAAAUAAACCUUACAAAACCAAGACGGAAAAAAUAACACAGGCACAGACAAAUAACAUGAAUCCAUGUUCACGUCUCACAAUAUCAACAUCAUAGCAUAUAUAACCGUGUUAAAUGGGGACACCGUAUUUAUUGGAAGCAAAUGUGGAUCUGAUAAUCCGUCAUCGUGAUUUUCUUUCUUAUAAUAUUUAGUGCAAUUCUGUUGUUUUGUUUAUAUUACUACUUGUCAAUAAAAUGUAUAGGAUGCAGAAAUCUGGACAAUGUAAUGAAACAGGUAUAAAGCUGUUUGUCAUCCUAGGGUAAAGGGGCUUAGUUGAAAAAAAUGAAAACCAUUGAAGGCACAUAACCUUCGAAGUUCGAAGCUUUAUAAAUUUGUGAAGUUUAUUAA